AUGACCAAAACAAUGAAAGCCAUACAAUUUGUCAAAUGGAACGAUGGGGCGAGUGUUCCCCAGCUUGGAAAUGGCUGCGUGGACUCGAUCACGGCCGCAAUUCGACUGGGGUAUCACCAUCUCGAUGGCGCCGAAAUUUCUGGUACUGAAGCUGAACUUGGCCUUGCCAUCCGAGAGAGCGGCGUAGAGCAAGAAAAGCUGUUUGCAUCCAGUAAGGAAGCUUGGGCUUCUAUGGAGAGGGUGAAAGCUGCUGGAAAGGCGCGGUCAAUCGGAGUCUUCAACUUCAUGCAGGACCAUCCGGAGGCCAUUGAAUUCUACCCCUAUCUACGGUAUGGCAAGUUACUCCAGUUCCAUGAGAACCAAGAAAAGUAUGCGGCCGGCGAAGGGGAGAUCCUUCUGAGAUGGGCUAUGGACCGUGGCAGCAUAUCGAUCACGCCCAGUAGCAAGGAAUCCCCCUUCAGCAGUUAUCUUCAGAUAUUAACUGUUGGUCAGCUGAAGCAUUUCAUGGCUUUCUGGCAGAAGAAAUUUGCAGCAACCGAUUGGUCUUGA